AUGGAUCAAUCCGAGAACCCUUUUAGCAACCUGGACUUAUGGUGUGACUGGACAGGAGAGCCGACUGACCCUGUCGAAGUCGUCGUCUCCGUCGAGGUCUGGUGCACCCCCGACAUCUACUUGCCUGUUCUAAACACCCGCUCAUCUCACAAUCUACACAUCGUGGAAUACGGCAUUAGCCUGAAAACCCCCAAUUUCGAAAAAGCCGAGUCCGUACGCGGAGGUCUACGCAUACGAGACUCACCCAUCAAGAUCCGCGAAGUAAGAGAACCCUCAAUACCGGCCGACCAAUCCGACACUGAGAAUGAUGACGAGUCACCUGACGAAGACGCACCAUCCAUCUACUCAGACCAAGACAGCACCAUCGUCCAACCAGGUCAAGAUGGAGUCUCAGUUCAAUCAGACCCCUUCUACAUCAGCGUAACCAGCCUCUUACCCGCAGACGACGAAACGCCCAUGCCGAGCCCGAACCCGCGGAAGAGAAAUGCAAAGGCAGCUUCACUUCCUGACUCAGUCACCGAUUCGGAAAGAUCAUACGGUGGUUGUGGCUCCAAGUACAAGACUCUAGCAGCCAAGCAGCCUGAUUCGUCGACGUCCAAACACUCUAGGAGACAGAGCCUCAUUCCGAGACCCGUUACUUCUCCUGAUCAGUCCGUGUGGGAGAGUAAUCUAAAUGCCAGGGUUCCACCGCUGGACUAUAAGACUAUUCUGGCGGAGGGCUAUCGGCAGCUGGAGGCUAGUUUUCCGUCACCUGUAAGCAAGGAGAAUGAUCCCAUUCCCGAGAGAACGCUCCUUGGGAUGGACCGGUCGAAUGCGCCGUCUCCUGACAUGUUAGUGAGUACUGCCAAGAUGAAGGGCAUGGAUGAUUUCGAGAGCAAGAGGGUGCGCGAGUACAGGAACCUUUCUACGGAUGCGAUGCAGGGGAGUCCUUGUAAUAUGUCGAUGCUUUCAUCUAGUCCUGGAAGUGUUCCUUCACUGGAAGCUGGGAGCUCGCGUAUGGACACACCUUCGGGCAGGACCGAUUCGCAUGGAGAAUCUCAUUCACUUCACAUCUCUGACUCGCCCAGAGAUCUUCUACCGCUGCAUACGACCCAGUCAUCUGGAGAUUUAUCUCCACAAAUCAAUACUGAUUGCCCUGAAGAAGAAAAUCUCCAAUUUGACGUACCCGCACAGCUUGACUUUUCAGCGUCCAGUUAUUCACCCAUCACCGGCCCUGAGUUGGUCCUGACUAAUGGAAUCUUCCAUAUCCGAAGCAUGCAUGAUCUCUAUCCUGCAGCAUAUGAAGUGUCAAUCACUUUCCUCUUGCCUCUGCAGAGUGGAAGACCCAGAGGCUGGUGGGAAUUCAUCGUCCCAGGAUUGCCACGGUUGGCACGGAAUGAACAUGGCUAUGUCUACUUCCGUACGCCUCCAGGUCAGGGGAUGGAGUUUCGCACCACUCAUUUCAAGCGAUAUAAUCUCGUAGAAAGCUGUUUGAUGGCCCAAUUUUUGAUCCCGUCAAAACUCGUCAUCACCCUCCGUCCCUGCGAGUCUCGUUUCUACGGCUUCCUCAAGGACUUCAAAAUCACACAAGCUAUCCGUGCCGAAGUGGUGGUAUGCGAAGACAAUGACUCGAUUUUUCACAUCGUUAAAUACCGCGCCAUAUGUUCGAUCGACCUGCUCCAGCGCGACUUCUGGGCCAAGAAAUGUGGUUUCUACAUUUGGAUCCACGGCGGACCUGAAGGUGAAUGGGUCACAAUCCUACCCGAUGUUAGACGGCGGUUUGAGACAAUCAAGUUGAGUUCUAAGACAACCGACACCAUCGGAGUUUCUGAGCUUCAAGUCAUCUGCAAUCCCUCUCAUCUGGGUAUGUUUGUCCUAGCGUGGACAGUCAAAGUUCCGCGUGGAAGAACUACACUGUGGAUGCCACGCAUCCGAGCGAGUCUCGAUAAGGCGGAUAUCGAGGAAGGACUGCAAGCCGAAUUUGAGGAAGCCGAGUCUCCGAAGACGCCUGAUAUGGUACGCGCCAAUCCUAUCGAUAAUGAAAUUCGAGAUACACGGCGCAAGGGCACUUUCUGGAAGAGCUUCCGAUCGACCUGCUAUGCCCUGGUCGUCUUGUUCCUACUUAUCCGUCUUGCUGCUCAUUUUUAUGAGAUAAACUUUGUCUACCGUGCUACACAGAAAAUUGCCAUCGCUGAACCUGAGCCCGAGCAUCUCGAUGGGACACCAGAGCAGGAGCCAGUGCCAGGGCCAGUGCCAGGGCCAGAAUCCGCGACGUUGCUGGGGGCUAUUGUUCCUACUUCCAUGCCUCUACGAGAUCGCAUCGACUAUCUUCUGGGUUGGAAAGGACCUAUUUCAUCGACCCAAGACUAA